UUUAAAAAAUUAAAAGUAUUUUCUUGUAUUUUAUGUGGUUCCUUCCUCACGAAUACGAGUUGACUUGGCUAAGUUGACUUUAUUUUCAAUAUCCCUUCUUGCUUUCUACAAUUAUAUGUUCAUUUUCUUCCCUUCUUGCUUCUCAAUUCUCACAAUAUAUAUGAACUACUUACAUGUUAGUGAAAAUCACUUUCAAAAUUAGUGAAAAAGCACUUUUGCAUUAACCUUUAUUUCGCUUUCUAUCUUGCAGAAUUCAUUACUUUUGGCAUUUUUUGUUUGUAGUUUUGAACUAGAAUGGAUAAUCAGAAGGGAAAGAGUAUAAAUUUUGAGCCAUUCGUGUGGAAAAUUGAGAAUUUCUCAAAACAAAACACCAAGAAUCUUCGAUCCAAGGCUUUCAAAAUAGGAGGCUAUAAAUGGAGGAUUCUGUUGCAUCCAUUAAGGAAAAAUGUUGACCAUUUCUCAUUAUAUUUGAUGGUUGCGGAUUCUUUACCAGCGUAUGGAUGGAACAGAAAUGCACAUUUCAAAUUGGUUCUAGUUAAUCAAAUAGAUGACAACAGAUCGGUUGUAAAAGAGACUCAUCAAAAGUUCAAUGGCGGAUAUCUUAGUUGGGGCUCAUUAUUUGUGAAUCUAAGUGAUUUCAAUGACUCAAAACAAGGCUAUCUUGUAAACAACACAUGCAUCAUUGAAGCUCAUAUCAAUGUUCAAGCUUCACAACAAAGAGAAUCCUCAAAUAAUAAGGUACAUGUUAUAGAAACAUCAGAUGAAAGUAGUCCAACAGGAUCAUGUGGUUCAAGUGAAACAGAUUCAUCAGAUUUGACACUAAGAGAUCUCUUAGAUUUGGAGAGUUUAAGAAAUGAAGAAUUAGAUUUUGUUCCACUUUUAGAGGAAGCAUGUGUUUGGCAUCCUUCUUUGAUAAGAAGCCAAAGUAAAAGAACUGCAAGAUUUAAAUCAUGGGCAUUCACAUCUUUAGGACAAGUUUUACAUAUAUUAAAGACAAGUAAAGUGAAAGAUAUGGAUGAAGAAACUAGUAAGAACCUUAAAGGUUUGUGGGAGGAACUUGUUAUGGCUUCUGGAUUUGAUUUGGCUUGGUUGGAACCUUAUGUUGAAUCUGCAUUAGGUAUGAAAAAUCAUGUGGAAAAGACACUUCAAGUGAAUAAAUUGAAGGAAAGUAUGGUUGCUUUAGAUACUAAAAUGAAGAAAUUGAGAGGUGAAUUGGUUGAUGCAGAAGUUGAAUUUGAGGAGGCAAAAAGAGCCUUGGAUGAGUUGAGUAAAGGGCACAUAGAUAUUGAUUUGAAUGCUGAUUUAUGUUAUUCCAUAUAUUAGAAGACUCAAUGUGUAUUUCUACUGUUGAGUUUGACAAAAUCAUAUUGUGUUACUGUAUAAUUUUUAUCAAAAUUAUACUUUGAUGUCA